AUGGAGAACGCCCAGACAACAAGUGCUCCGCAGGUUGUAGAAGGCGGCAUGAACAAGCUCGGUGAUGUGCUUUCCAAGAAGCUGUCCCUGGAUAAUAUCGCAGCUCCCCAAGACUGGGUCGGGUGGCUCUCGUAUAUGUGUUUAAAAUGGGCAGUUUUCGCUGCUGAAGAUCCCUGGGGCUUUGUCGGCUAUGUUAUGAUGGUCGUGGGUCCCCUAUUUCUCAUCAGCGCAAUCUUGUCGUGGAAAUUGGCCAAACUCCUGGAGAAGGAAGCUGCUGAAAAGAAGCAGAAGGCUCGUCGAGAGGCUAAUGUAUCGAAGACCCGUCGCCAUGCGAAAGCUGAAUAG